AUGGAGGGUUUUGGGAAUCACGCAGGCUUUGGUGGAGAUGAAGAACAAGAUCUUCUGGGAAACCCUUACUUGCCCGACCAGAUUCAAAUCAAUGAUUAUUACCGUGUUUUUUCUAACCCUAGUCUCGGUUUACAAGGCCAUGAUGAUCUCUUCCGGUUCCGAAACCCUACUGGUUCUUUUUCUCAGGGAUAUCUGUAUGAAAGCCUCGAUGAAUGUUUUGGUCGGAUGAAUCUGAACCAGACGGGAAACGCCAAUGAUUUUGGAUCCGGUUUGUGGAGAUCGACAAUGGGGUUGUUUCACGGCGGUUUCAAUGGCGUAUAUCUUAACUCCAAAACGUCUCUCGGUGAUCAAACCACAGUUCGAUUUGCGAAUCCCAUUGGAAGUACUUUCAUCGACAAUGGCUUGCAUAACGUCAAUUGCUUCCCGUUCCAGAACCCUCGGCCGACGGACGUGAUGUCACCGUCGAUGCACGAUCGGCAACUGGUUCUUAAUCCCAAUAGGCCGUGUCCGGUUCAGGAGCAGUUGAGAUAUUCGUGGUCGUGGUUGAGAGAACUGAGAGGGAAGGUCUGCCAGGUGGCCAGGGAUCAGAACGGGUGCCGUUUCUUGCAGAAGAAAUUGGAAUAUCCAAUGAUAACUGACGAAGAAAUUGAGAUGAUUUUCAUGGAGGUUAAGGACCAAUUGCAUGCGUUGAUGGUUCAUCGAUUUGGUUAUUAUGUUAUCCAGAACCUGUUCAUAGCUGCCAAUCAAGAGAUAAGGACUCAGCUCCUCUUCUUGCUCGUUCGUAGCCCCCAAAGGUUCAUUGAAGUUUGCACUGAUAUUCACGGGAGCCGGACAAUGCAGAAAGUAAUGGAGUGUAUCACCACCAAUGAACAAAGAUGUAUGCUCCUGUCUUCUUUGAAGCCUAUUGCCUUUACCCUGAUAAACCAUAGCAAUGGUCAUCAUGUAAUUCAACAUUGCUUGUAUAAUUUCUCGCAUAAAGAAAUACAGCAUCUUACGAAUGUAAUAGUAGCGAACUGUAUCGAGAUUGCUACCAACAAAAGCGGCUGCUGUCUGCUGCAACAAUGGUUGGUCCAUGUUAAUGCUAAAGAUCAAGGCCGUUUGCUCGAUCCGAUUAUCGCCAACGCCUUGCUUCUUUCCGAAAACGAAUACGGGAACUAUGUUGUACAGUUUGUGAUCAAGAUGGGGAAUCGUUAUGCUACGGCAGCGAUAAUCGGUCAGCUCGAAGGGAGCUUUGUUGCACUUUCCUUCAACAAGUGUGGAAGCAAUGUGGUUGAGAAAUGCUUGAUAUUUUCUGGGGAAGAACUCUCUUCAAGGAUCAUCACAGAGAUCAUAAAUGAUCCUGAUUUUGUGAAGGUCAUUGGGCAUGACUAUGGCAACUAUGUUGUUCAAUCAGCUUUGCUUGUUUCCAAGGGAGAGCUACACAAUGCUCUUCAAUCUUUCAUCCGACACCAUUAUUCGUUCCUGCAGAGCAAUCCCUUCGGGAGAAGGGUGUUGAGCCGAGCAAAAUGCCACAAGACCCGCAAAUAA